GCACGUUGUCCAGUUUUGAUGUGUCCUCCAACCUGACAUUCAGUCUGGUCUGUCUGGUGUUGAUGAGUGUGUUAGUGAUAGUGUUUUAAAUUUUACAAAUAAUCUUGUAUUUGCUCAUUUUACAAAAAGAACACAAUAUUAUUAUAUUUUGAAAAUAUCUUUCUUGUUACAAUAUAAAAAAAUAAUUAAAAUGUCAACAAAUGUAUCGCAUACAGAAAGAGAAUUGGAUUUGAGUAACGCUGGUCGAGGUGUUUGGCUUGUUAAAGUGCCUAAAUACAUAGCUAAUAAAUGGGAGAAAGCUCCUGGCAAUGUAGAAGUCGGCAAAUUAAAAAUUACCAAAAAUCCUGGGCAAAAAGCUGAAGUAUCUCUUAAGUUAUCAGAAGCUGUCUUAGCUCUGAAAGAAUCUGGAGAAGAAGAAAUACCGAAACAACAUAGGCUAGAUGUUACAACAGUUACUAGACAAAUGCUAGGAGUGUUUUCACAUGUUGCCCCAUCCACAAGCUCAGAUACAAUUGUUCCAGAAUCAGAAAAACUUUUUAUGGAAGGAAGAAUUGUACAAAAAUUAGAAUGCAGACCAUAUGCUGAUAAUUGUUAUAUGAAACUAAAACUGGAAAGCAUCAAAAGAGCUUCUGUGCCACAAAGACAAGUUCAACAAUUAGACAGAGUUGUGCAGAACUUCAAGCCUGUAUCAGAUCACAAACAUAAUAUUGAAUAUGCCGAAAAGAAAAAAGCAGAAGGAAAGAAGAUGAGAGAUGAUAAAGAAGCUGUGUUAGAUAUGCUUUUUGCAGCAUUCGAAAAACAUCAAUAUUAUAAUAUAAGAGAUCUUGUAAAAAUCACAAGACAACCAAUUGUUUAUUUGAAAGAGAUCCUAAAUGAAGUGUGUAACUAUAAUUUAAAAAAUCCCCAUAGAAACAUGUGGGAAUUGAAACCGGAAUAUCGACAUUACAAAGAAGAGGAAAAGCCUGCAGAGAGUACUUCAAAGAAAGGCAACGAAUCGGAAGAUGACUGACUAUUCUUAUUCAUAUAUAUUUAUAUAAUUCUUUAUUAUUAAUAAGCUUUAUUAAUAUAAUUUACUAAUAAAGUUGAGU